GAUAAAACCUUCAGUGUUAUCGAACAAGUAGAUAUUGAUAUGUUGUAGAAAAUCAAAAGAUUAAGUAUGACGCGGACCAGAGUUUUUAUACGUGGAGUCAACAACAUGCGUUUGCCAUUAAAAAUGCAAUCUCGCACAAGAUCGAUCAGAGAUUCAUUAUAUCCGACAGGAUAUAAUGAAACAGAGGACAUGAGCAAUAAUUUGCAAUACGUGCGGCCCACCGAGGAUAUUCCUGGUCCAAAAGCAUUACCUUUGAUUGGCAAUUUAUUCAGAUUUCUGCCUUACAUAGGUGAAUAUCAUAAUGUGAAUGCUCUGACAUUUAUGCGAAUGCUGCAUGAUAAGUACGGCAAUAUCGUCAAAUUUGAUGGUCUAAAGGAACAACCAAGUAUCUUCCUAUUUUGUCCAGAAUUAUGUAAAAGUAUGUAUCGGUUGCAAGGCAAAAUUCCAAUGCGAAUCGCCAUGGAGCCCUUGCACAACUAUCGCAAAAGCAGAGAUAACAUUUACAAGGGACAGUAUGGUCUCACAACAAGUCAGGGAGAACCAUGGAAGAAUUUUCGAUCGAAAGUCGGUCCGCAUAUGAUGCGGCCAAAAAUAGUGAAAACUCACGCUACACAAAUUUACGAUAUAACCAAUGAGUUCGUGGAUAAAAUGUCGACAUUGCGAGAUCCUAAAACGCUGGAAUUGCCAGAUGAUUUUAUGAAUGAAUUAUACAAGUGGAGUGUAGAAACAAUGUGUUCAAUCGCAUUGAAUUACCGAAUGGGGUGCUUAAAGCCUAAUCUUGCCAUGGAUUCGGAACCACAAAUAAUGAUUAAUUGCAUAAAGGAAAUGUUCGAUCUUACGUAUCAGAUAGAAAAUGUGCCAUCUCUAUUAAAAGGUCAUACACGAAAUUAUGAAAAGCUAUUCUGUGCAUUAGAUCAAAUUAAUGUAAUUUCUGCGAAAUAUAUUGAGUACGCUAAGAACAAUAUUUCGAAAUCAGGAGACAACACGAAUAGAGAUUAUAGUAUACUGGAAAAACUUUUGGACAUCGAUGAACAAACAGCUCUUGUAAUGGCUUUGGAUAUACUGAUGAGCACUGAUACGACAAGCAAUGCGGCUGGCGCUUUGCUAUACUAUGUCGCAAAUAAUAAGGAGAAACAGGAAAAAUUGCGAGAAGAAGUAAUGUCUGUGUUACCUGAGAAAACAACACCUAUUACACAUGAUCUUCUGGACAAGAUACCAUAUGUUAGGGGAUGUAUUAAAGAAUGUAUGCGGCUGUUUCCCAUCGCCAAUGGCAUUCUAAGAAAUAUGCCGAAAGAUGUUUCUUUAGGAGGAUAUUUGAUACCAAAAGGAGCAAAUGUGAUGGCUUGUCACGCAGUGCUUUCGAUGGAUCCUAAGUAUUUUGUGCGUCCUACGGAAUAUAUUCCCGAAAGAUGGAUACGAGAUAGUCCCGAAUUUUUAUUAUAUGGAAGUACGCAUACCCAUGCAUACAUGCCUUUCGGUUAUGGUGUUCGCGCUUGUAUUGGACAAAGAUUCGCUGAGAUGGAGCUCGAGAUGUUACUCAUGAAGGUCAUACGAAAUUUUCGGAUCGAAUGGCAUUAUGGACCACUUGAACACGAGAGCAAAAUUGUAAAUACGGUGAAAUCACCGUUGCGAUUCAAGCUUAUCGAUUUGUAGAAUAUCUUAAAUAUUUCCGUAACUCAACCACCGUUUUAUCAAUACC